AUGCCGCCACAAAUAGCGCGAAGGGGAGAAUUGCCAUUCACCAUUCUCGUAUACAAUUUUCGCGAGCGAUGCACCGUCAACAACUUGCGAGGACGAAUCGUUGGUCAUCCUGAAGCGCAUGAAGUCAUUGAAACGCACUCGCGAUAUCUACGCAAGUCGAUGAAACCGAAAAAUGCCCUGAUCGUUCUCAACGAGCUCAAUAAGGAUAAGGGCAUUAAAAUAAGUGAUUUUACCAUCAAUAGCAAUCCUGAUGGCUGCUACACUGCCAUAGUCACGGUCAACUCGAACCAGUACCAGAAAAAGGCGGUCUCCAAGAUGGCGGCCAAGAAAUUGGCCUGUGAGGCUGCAUUGCGUGAUUAUGCCAUUGCAAAAAUGAAGGCUAGACCACGCAAACCGAAGACCAAUGAUGAGGAAAACCAACCAUCGACCAACCAUGUCGCAGAAUCCAUGGACAGCGAUGGAAGCGACAAUGAAAGCGAAGAAGAUAUCCUAAAGCUCAAUUUGGCAUCGUAUGCAAUGUAUAAAUUAUUCAGAAAGUGGAAGCGCAACGGUUACUUUCGGCCCGAAAAGCAUUCAUUGGCAAAAGCACAGCCGCAGCAGGAAGGCGCCAAAUCAGCCGUUUCCAUCGUCCCCAAGGAACAGAAGAAUCCACGAGGCCGUGCCGAAUUGCCACCAAACUGGCAGACCAUGCACCCGGCCUCAUUGCUCCAAAUUAUGCGCCCUGGAAUUAAGUAUUUGUAUUAUGACAAGGACGUCGAGCUCCAACGUCUCGGUGUGAUCGUUGACAACCAGAAGAUUACGGCCUAUGGGUGCUCAAAGAAAGUAGCACGUCGCAAUGUGGCCGCGAAUGCUUGCAACAUAUUGUUCGGAACCAAUUUCACACCUGGAGAGUAAAACCCAAAAAAUGAUCAACAAAAGCAUAAAUAUUUAAAAAAUAUU